AUGUCUUGGUUUUUUGUGAUAAUGUUUCUGAUUGUAACAUUUGGUGCUUUUUCUGAGGCUGGUCACCAUCAUAAGAAACCUACUUCUGCUGUUGUGGUUGGCACUGUUUUUUGUGAUACAUGUUUUCAACAGGAUUUUUCUAUGGGAAACCGUUUCAUUUCAGGUGCAUCAGUUGAAGUAGAAUGCAAAAAUGGAAACACCAUUUCAAAACCAAGAUUCAAGAAACAAGUAAAAACAAACAACCAUGGUGAAUUCAGAAUCCAGCUUCCAUUCUCAGUGAGCAAACAUGUGAAAAGAAUCAAACAAUGUGUAGUGACACUAGUAAGCAGCAAUGAACCAUAUUGCUCUAUAGCCUCAACAUCCACGUCCUCAUCACUUCACCUAAAAUCAAGAAAACAAGGACUCCACAUAUUCUCAGCAGGGUUCUUCUCAUUCAAGCCACUCAAACAACCAAACCUAUGUAACCAAAAACCAAGUAGUUUUGUUCUCGAUUCUUCAAAAAGAUCUUCGCUUCCUCCGAAUAUCGAUCCAUCUUUUCCACCUCCGCUUCGAGAUCCAGACACACCUAGUAGUGGUGUUCUUCCUUUACUUCCACCAAUUCCUUUAGCACCUGAAAUUGUCACACCAAUAUUGCCACCGACAUUGUCACCAUUAGUCCCGAGUAACGAGGAUGAAUCAUUGAAUGAAAAAGUAAUUAACAUUGACUCGUUUAACUUUCCUCCUAAUCCAUUGUUUCCACCAUCACCAUUAGUCCCUAAUCCAUUUCAACCACCUUCAUUAGUCCCUAAUCCACCUCAACCACCAACUCAAACACCAUUAAUUCCUAAUCCAUUUCAACCUCCUCCAUUAGGAUCAUCAUCACCAUUGUUUCCUUUUCCACCAACUUCAUCACCACCAAGUUUGUCAUUCCCUUUUCCUCCAUUGUUUCCUCCACGUCCUCCUUCUUCAAAGAAUGUUUCUCCAUAA